AUGGCUUCUAUUCAGAGCCUCAAAGCGGGAAUUGUCAUUGGCAGUACUCGCGUAACGCGAAUUGGACCUCAAAUUGCCUCCUUCGUUCGAGACGCCAUCCAAUCUCCACUGGCACGCAAUAGCACAAAUGCGACUCAAUCUCAAAUUCAGAUUGAUAUAAUUGACAUCAAAGACUUCAAUCUCCCGAUGUUUGAUGAGCCCGGUAUUCCCAAUCGAUUCAUCUCCUCUGAAGACUAUUCGAAUGAACAUACGCGAGCUUGGAGUCGCCAUAUCAGCAAGUUCGAUGCCUUUGUCUUUCUCACCUCCGAGCGUAACUGGGGUAUUCCAGCGGAAUUGAAGAACGCAAUUGAUUAUCUAUUCCACGAGUGGAAGGGCAAGCCAGCUAUGAUCGUUUCUUACGGAGGACAGGGUGGUGUGCACAGUGCAGAGCAGGUCAAAAUCGUUGCCGGGGCUAUCGGUAUGCGUGUCGUUGAUGGAAUGAUCAAUAUGAGCUUUCCGUCGCGUGAAUUUGUCGGCAAAGGGCUUGCUGGAGAAAGCUUGGGCCUAGAUGCGACGGACCAAAAUGCACCAUGGUCGGAACAUGUUCCUGAGAUAAGCUCAAUUUUCUGGGAUCACCUUGUCAAGGAGAUGCUUGUAUCGAAGUAA